AAUAUGUAUAAUUUUCAUCAGGCUUUCGUUAUAGGCCGUUCUUGUUUAGUUAAGACACAAUUUUUCCUUUGACAAGAACCGUAGCUAGUUUGCUAGGGUUUAAGUCACUAUACGAUUCAUCUUUAUUAUCGUUUAGCUAAGUGAUAUAUAACCUGGAUGACUAUUCACUUUUACACUUGCUGGCAAAUAAUGGUUGGGACGGUUUGCUAGCAAGCCAGGUUCUUUUAGCGAGCUAAUUAAGUUAGCGUCGACGAGUUUUGGUACUCGGCGAACCUCCCCCCGCUUCAUGUUCACAUGAGGUCUCUCAACAACGCAUUUCACCUAGCCAGUUUGCUUGCAUUUAACAGUAACGAACCCCGAGACGAAGGGUCACGCUAGUUAAGCAGCUCAUUAGACCGGUGCGUGUCCUGUGGCUAUCUUGCUACUGCUGUAGCUAGGCAAGUACAGUAGCUAAGUGCUCAAGCAUAGCACUCGAUGCUGGCUAAAAAUAACCAACUCUUUGUCCCCCAUUCAGCACCCCACCAAAAGUGGUGAGCUCGCCUAUUAGAGCCCGUCCACCUUUCGACUUUACAUACAACCAGUUGGGAAUUUGUCGCUCUACAUGGUCGAUACAGCCAAGUCAGGACGAUCGGAAGAGGUUGGAGGCACUGUAGUUUGUGAGACGAACUGGCAUGAGGCAUCUCUCUCCGGCUGGGUGUCUUCAAGUCGGGUUACCAAAGUAAACGCAUUCAACUGGCUUUUUUUGACCGAACAUCAAGCGUCAUCCAUGGCGUUGGCCUGUCACCAGUAGCUUGUUCCCGGCAGGGAAAACAUUAGCUAUUUAACAUUAACAUUACUGUUAAAGGACACCCCCUUUGUUCUGAUUGUAAACGGAAAGAAAUCAUUUAAAGUUAUUCUACCACAGUGGAACAUCAUGUCGGAGGAUAACAACGCAGACAAAUUCAUCAAGGAGACCUCCAUAUUGGAAGAGUACAACAUUAACUGGACACAGAAGCUCGGGGCAGGGAUCAGUGGACCUGUUAGAGUUUGUGUGAAGAAGUCGACUCAGGAACGAUUGGCCCUGAAAAUCCUAAUUGAUCGUCCCAAGGCCCGAAAUGAGGUGCGGCUCCACAUGAUGUGUGCUACACACCCCAACAUUGUGCAGAUUAUGGAGGUGUACGCCAAUAGUGUGCAGUUUCCUCAUGAAUCCAUUCCAAGAGCGAGGUUACUGAUCGUCAUGGAGAUGAUGGAGGGAGGCGAGCUGUUCCACAGGAUCAGUCAGCACAGACACUUUACAGAGAAGAUGGCUAGCCAGGUCACCAAACAGAUCGGCCAGGCCCUGGAACACUGUCACUCACUGAAUAUUGCACAUCGAGACCUGAAACCAGAGAACCUGCUCUUCAAGGAUAACUCCCUGGAUGCACCGGUGAAGUUGUGCGAUUUUGGAUUUGCAAAGAUUGACCAGGGGGACUUGAUGACCCCACAGUUCACUCCUUACUACGUUGCACCUCAGGUACUUGAGGCUCAAAGGCGACACCAGAAGGAAAAGUCUGGAAUAAUACCUACCUCACCCACCCCUUACACCUAUAACAAGAGCUGUGACCUGUGGUCCAUGGGGGUGAUCAUCUAUGUGAUGCUGUGUGGCUACCCUCCCUUCUACUCCAAGCACCACAGCCGCACCAUCCCCAAGGAUAUGCGCAAAAAGAUCAUGACGGCCAGCUUUGACUUCCCCGAGGACGAGUGGAGCCAGAUCUCUGAAAUGGCUAAGGACAUUGUCCGCAAGCUGCUGAAGGUGAAGCCUGAGGAGAGGCUGACCAUUGAGGGUGUACUGGAACACCCCUGGCUCAACUGCACAGAGGCCCUGGACAACGUGCUGCCCUCCGCACAGAUGAUGAUGGACAAGGCAAUGGUAGCAGGGAUCCAGCAGGCCCAUGCUGAACAGCUGGCUAACAUGAGAAUACAGGACCUCAACAUCAGCCUCAAGCCACUCAACUCCGUCAAUAACCCCAUCCUGAGGAAAAGGAAACUCCUAGGCAGUAAGCAGAGGGAUGGCUUCUUCAUCCACGAUCCAGAGAACGGCGGCGAGGACGCCAAUGUGGCCCUGGAGAAACUCAGAGACGUCAUCGCUCAGUGUAUCCUCCCACAGGCUGGGGAGAAUGAGGACGAGAAACUGAAUGAGGUGAUGCAUGAUGCGUGGCGUUUCAACCGAGACUGCAAACUACUGCGAGACGGGCUGCAGGGCCUCAGCUGGGAUGCGAGAUGAAAGGGGAUGGUGAACGAUGUCUGACAAUAAUAAAAAGUCCACUGUCACUAAUGUGUGGUGGUGAAGUUGUUUUCUACUCAGCAGACAGAGACAAAAGAUUCAGGAAUCCAUUCUGUAUCAAGUAGGUUACGUUGGCUCUCCUCAAUGCACAGCACUCUGGGGACUUCCUGUAGGUAACAAGGACAUCCACCAAUCACCUCAACCAAUGUUCCCUCUAAUUUUUAUUUAACUUUUAUUUAAUUAGGCAAGUCAGUUAAGAACAAAUUCUUAUUUACAGCGACGGCCUAGGAACAGUGGGUUAACUGCCUUGUUCAGGGGCAGAACGACUGAUUGUUUUACCUUGUCAGCUUGGGGAUUCAAUCUAGCAACCUUUCGGUUACUGGUCCAACGCUCAAACCACUAGGCUAAGCUGCGGUAGUGCGUGGGCGCGAAGAAAUAUCAGCACGUGCAGAGAAGCACAAGAUUUAAAUUUAAUUUCCACGUUAGUUAACACCUUACUGUGGGAAUUGUGAUUGAAUCAACGCAAUAUUAGCCACUUUCAACUCCUCAACUGGCAGCUUCAUUAAAUAGUACCCACAAAACACCAGUCUCAAUGUCAACAGUGAAGAGGCGA